AUGCACAUUUGGACGCUAAAAUCUACGCGGGAGGUAAAGGUGAAGCCUCCAAUUCGACGGACCUUCACAUGGGGAGGUGUGGACGUAUCAAUGCUUAUCGAUACGGGUUCCCCGGUCGGCGUCGUGUCUCGACAGCUAUUUGAGCAGCACAAAAACGCUUGGCCUUCGCUACGGCCUUCACGCACGAAGUUAUCAUGCUACCUCGGAAAGUUGCCAGUUUUUGGAGAGCUCCUGUUGCCGGUAUCGUACGACAAUACAACUGUAGAAUGCGCAUUGGUGGUGCUAGAUUGCCCCGGUCCAAGCUUAUGUGGUCGAGACCUAAUUUUCCUUCUGAGCGACGCAGGCUCCCCGGUCCUCAGCCUCUCAGCCAAGCCGCUGACCGCACAGCCGUCUACCACAACGCAGGUCACUGCUGACGUGUUCGCCGAGUUUCCAGAUGUUUUCAGCUCGGAUCUAGGCCUCAUCAAAGGACCCCCCGCACACCUACAGCUGAAGGAAGGAGCCACGCCCAAGUUCUAUCACCAGCCGCUCCUGGGCCUGCUGAGACCGGAUCGGCCCACUCCGCCUCUGGCUGCUGCUCGCAUACAGCGCUGGGCGCUGUAUUUGGGAGGAUUUCGCUACAAGUUACAGUAUUCGCCAGGCAAAUCGGGAACAUCGGAUGACUGGACUCUUGCACCAGACACAAAUGUUUACGUCCGUAAUUUUGGUAAGGGUGAUAAGUGGAAGACGGGCACGGUAAAGUCAGCAGACGGAGCUAGGAUGGUGACAGUGGAAACGCCUGAGGGCCUCGUUCGGCGACACGUUGAUCAAGUUCACACAAGGAAAGACCCACUGGCUACCCAAGGCCACAGGGAAAGUGAAAGAUCGUCCAUCUCGAAAACUCCGCAACAAACUCCCGGAGCAGGGCCAAAGGCAAACGCCGAAACUCAUGAAACGUCACCACCACAGCGUCAGUCAUCACCCCAACCCCUGGACGCACCAGAGAGAAACCGUGAACCUACAGUGGCUACGGAACUCCGACGCUCAACGCGAGAGCGCAGACCUGUGCAGCGUCUUCAGUAUUAUUGAUGGAGAAAUGUUAUAACUGCAGUGUUCUUAUCAUUUCUCAGAUGAAGUCGACCGCUACACGUGCCAUUCUAGGUGGCUAUCUUAUGUUUUCUUACUUUGUUUCCCUUCCCCUCCUUCCUUAACCUGUCUUUAUAUUUCGGCGUGCACUGGAAAUAAACGUCCAUUCUUCCAGCUUGUCA